UCCAGUUUCCUUGUAGCUUUCCGUCACUUUCUCGGGAAAAUUUUCUCAAACGAGUUACACUAUAAUUUCACGCCUAACUCUUGUUCACCUUACUCCUUGACACCCAGAUCUUUCUGCACUGGGUUUUACACAGACAUUAUGUAUAAAAACCGGUUGCAAGAAUUGGCUCAAAGAAGCUGUUUUAAUUUGCCAGCCUAUUCGUGCAUUCGUGAAGGGCCUGAUCAUGCUCCUCGUUUUAAGGUGACUGUUAACUUCAAUGGAGAGACCUUUGAAAGCCCUACGUUUUGUUCUACUCUUAGGCAGGCCGAACAUGCAGCAGCUGAGGUAGCUCUCAACUCACUGGCAAAGAGAGGUCCCUCUAGAACUUUGGCAGCUAGAGUUCUGGAUGAAACUGGAGUAUACAAGAAUUUGCUCCAGGAAACUGCCCACAGAGCUGGAUUGAAUCUUCCUGUUUAUACGACUAUUCGUGCUGGACCUGGUCAUGUCCCUAACUUCAAAUGUACCGUUGAGAUUGCAGGNNNGCAUUUUGCUGGAGACCCAGCUAGGACCAAGAAACAGGCUCAGAAAAAUGCUGCAAUAGCUGCUUGGUCUGCAUUGAGAAAAUUGUCAGAGAAUCAGUUAUCAUCUUCAACUUCAUCCUCAUUUUCUUCCGAGUCUAAAAGCAAUGAAGAACAGGAACAUGUCAUUGUUGCUCGGGUCCUUGCAAGUUUACAUUCAUCUGGUUCAAAGAACUUUCGGGAAAGUAAUCAUCAACAUAGAUGGCAAAAGUCCAUCACAGCCUCAUUGGUGUCAACCCAGCCAACUCCAGGGAUGUAUCCUAUGCAAUGCCAUCAUUGUACAAUCUCGAACUUCUCGCCUGAGUUGGCCCUUUAUCAGAUUUGGCAGCAAGACCAAAUUAUGCAGCAACAAAAUCGCCUGUUGGCACUAACCAUUCAACCAAUUAAUCCCCCCGCUCCGCAGAUUUAUCCAUUAAUGCAGUCUGUGCUCCAGCCAGAUCACUAUCUUUAUUUUCCAGCUAAAGAGUUAGCAUCAGUUCCUGUAGGACCCAGAUUUUCUAUUGCUACACCUAGGCCUCCAUUUUACUUUUCAAACCAAAUUUCUCCGGAGUUAAACAGGGGGGUGUCAACAGUAACCAUUAGGGAAAUACAAGAGGAAAAAGCCGAAGAUCCCGCAGUUAGCAACCUUAGCAAUGAGACAAGAAUCCUAUCACCAGCUCCAGAGAACGAGAGACAGAAGCAUGGCGGCUCCGAAAGCAGUAGUAGAAAUGAUGAACUGAGAGGAGAACAAAGUGGGAAAUCUGAGUGGGAUUCUCAUUCUCAUAGGAGCACAGGAUAUGCACAAAAACCAGUUAACAUUGAGCUGCAAAACUCAUCCAGGGUUGCCAUGUCACAUUCACAAGCUAGUUCCAACCGAUGUUUUAGACCGCCAGCAGCUUCAUAUUCCACGAUGAGAACCGUGGGCCCUACUUCAUCUGCGGGUUCCACAGUGCAACAUAGGGAAGUACCUAUCUCUGUUGCUUCAAGGUUGAGAACUGGCAUCUCACGAAGUCCAGGGGUGAUAAGAACGUCUACUCCUCUAUUCAAUAUGGCCCCAGCUGUGAGAAUCAGAUCAGUAGUUCCAGUUUGUUCAGCUCCUCCAAGGAUUCCCAUGACAGAGACAUCCAAAAGCAAGGAAAAAGAAGAUUCAAAACCCAAGUCUCUUGAAUAAAGCUCUGAGCUUGGCCAUCUUAAACAUAAAUACUUAUAUGAGUAUUGAGUAUAUAGAGGAUAAAAAGAGUAGUAGUUCUAGCCAAAUAAUGUUGGUUGCCUUUGUAUGCAUGGUAAACUAAAACCCUAAAAAUAGGUUUUGGUCAAGGUUGAAACUUAGGUUCUUUCAAACGAUUCGUCAUCACUCCAGCUCAACCACUUGAUUAAUAGUGGAUGGAUUUGAAAAUAUAAUUCCCCAUCUAAAUUAUAAUAAUAGUUUAAUUAUGAAAUUAA